CAUUUUCCCGCCCCCAUUACGUCAUCCCUCCUCUAACCGAGCUCUGGAAAAGAGGAAGUGGGUUAACACCCAUUAGAACCAAGAGAAGAUUUUUUAUUGACGGGCGGUGGAAGAGCUGGCUGCGGUUAUGAGAAAUAAAAGAAGGCUACGCUUCAAAUCUUGACAUAUUCAGUCCAAAUCUCUAAAAGUGUGAGUUUUCAAUUGGCAGCAUUGCACUGUCAGGCUUCGAGUGCUCCUGCGAGCCUCUCCCCUCAGCCCCAUGGGCUUUAAUUAGUUCGUUGGGAACUACGUUUCCCAGGAGGCCUCGCGGCUCUUCCCGGAAACCGGGGCGUGAGCCGGGAAGGUUCAGGUGCGGUGGCUUGUGGGAUCGUCGUCGGUGGGCUUCAUCAUGGCGGCUUCCAUUUCAGGCUACACGUUCAGUUCCGUCUGUUACUACAGCGCCAAUAGCAGCGCCGACCAUGAAGGAUUCCUUUUGGGGGAGGUAAGACAAGAGGAGACGUUUAGUAUUAGUGACUCUCAAAUCAGCAACACUGAAUUUCUGCAGGUAAUUGAAAUCCAUAAUCAUGAGCCUUGUUCCAAACUCUUUAGCUUCUAUGACUAUGCUGGCAAAGUCAAUGAAGAGAAUUUGGAUCAGAUUCUUAAGGAUCGGAGAAAAAAUGUUAUUGGAUGGUACAGAUUUAGGAGAAACACUCAGCAACAAAUGUCGUAUAGAGAGCACAUCAUUCAUAAACAGCUGACGCAGAUUCUUGGAGUGCCUGACCUUGUCUUCCUUCUCUUCAGUUUCAUCUCCACUGCAAAUAACUCAACGCAUGCUUUAGAAUAUGUUCUCUUUAGACCAAACCGAAGGUAUAAUCAAAGAGUAUCACUUACUAUUCCUAAUCUAGGCAACACAAGCCAGCAGGAAUACAAAGUCUCUUCAGUGCCAAAUACUUCCCAGAAUUAUACCAAAGUUAUUAAGGAGCAUGGUACUGAUUUUUUUGAUAAAGAUGGAGUGAUGAAGGACAUCAGGUCUAUAUAUCAGGUUUAUAAUGCGCUUCAGGAAAAAGUGCAGGCAGUAUGUAUAGAUGUAGAGAAGAGUGAACGAACUGUUGAAUCUUUCCAGGCAGAAGUAAACAAACUAAAAAGGCAAAUCUCGCAAAGGAAAACUGAAAAGGAGCAGGAAAUAAGACUGCAGCAAGCCAUCUUAAGCAGGCAAAUGUCAAAUGAUACCUUGGAGCCUAUAUUUAUCCCCCGAAUGUCCCAUGCUGGAUUUGUUGCAGAAGGUAGUAAUCUUGAAGAAUCGGAUACCUCUGAUCCUCCUCCUCCUUACUCUGACUUGAGUGUAAUCAAUCACGACAGUGCCAUAUGCCCUGGUGUUCUAGAAAGCAAUGUUUUCAUGCCUCGACCUCAAGCAGUGGGCUCUUCCAGUUAUGUUUCCACAAAUACAGGAUUGAAGCUUUCAGGCAAUGGAACAUCCAUGCCAUCCUCUUCCCAAACCAACACCGGUGACAAUGUUAAUGAAUCAGAAGACAGUGACUAUGAGAAUUUGCUUGAACCCACAGAGUCAUCUGACAAUGAAUACACACAGACAAGAAGUUCUAGACCCCUGACACAUGCAGACGGAGAUUCCAGGAACGCUCAAAUCUCCCAGAUUUAAUAGAACAGGAGUUUAAUAUAGCACUAUCUUUCCUAAAUGCUACAGAAAUAUUUUGGGAUUUAACUUGGAGGAAAUGGGCUACAAAAGUGGAUUAUUGUGCACAGCAGAUGUAGAAGACUUGAAUUUAGAAGGCUUAUUCACUUUUGUGAUACAUUUUGAAAAUUUUGUAAUUGAAUCAUUAGGAUAAUCAAACAUACUAAUAUUGAUGAGAUUCAUGGAUGUACUGGUAAAUAAGCAAAGUGAAAUUUGAAAAAAUCUUACUGCUUUUGUUGCUAUGUUUUCCAUAAGAAAAAUGGGACUUAGCAAUUAAGCACAGUCUCUAAUGAUGAUCUCAAAUCAAAGCUUACCUCGUGCACUAUCAUGCCUUGAAUUUUAAAGGGGGGCUAUUUCUAAGAACUUUGAUCAACAGGCUUUUUAAUGGUGAAGCCAAAUAAAUCAUUGCCAGAAAGAAAAAAACUUUGAUAAUUCCAAGAAACCUGAUUGGAACAAAUGUGAACUAUAUUCUCUGCAUGCUCUUUUAAUAGAGAUGAGGUUUGUUUCAAUCUUUUUCUACUAACCUAAUGUAUAUCCCUUAAAAUUAUGGUUGCCUUUUUAUUUAGAAAAGCGAUUACCAGUAAAUCAUCAAUGAAUGUCUCGAGCAAUUACUCCGACCUCAGUGGAUUUCAAGUGACUUUGCCACACUAUCAUUAGUUGCAUUUUUGUUGAAAAAAUAUGAAGAGCACAUAGCAGAAGGUGGUGAAAUAAUGUGAUCAGUUCUGUCAAACGCUGAACAUUUAAUGAAAAAGUUCUUGUAAUUUAUUUCUUUAAAAAUCUGGAUUUACUCUAUAGAACUCAAGUUAUGGGGAGUGGAAAAGGCUGUCUAGUGAAAUACUCCAGGCUUUUCCUCUGAAAUAAAAACUGUAGUUCUUGUUGGGUUGGGGUGAGGACUUGUGAUUUUGGAGGCAUGAAGUGGACUCUGUUCAGAUAAUGUUGGGAUGCACUUACAUAUUUUAUGCUUGCAGUAAAAUUUCCACCCAAAUGAUAUGAAAUGGUGCCAUUAAGUAUCUUAUUAGACUGUUUUCUCAAUUAGCAAAUGACAAACCUUUGAGUAUGCAACAAUGCAUCUUAUUUAAUCCUGCUCCUGAUUAAAAUCCCACAAGAAAACUUUAUUUUAGAUAUCUGAUUGCCUACAGCUAAAAUCUCAGUAACUAAGCAAUCCCACACCUGUUUGUUAGCCGCUCUGUUGUCAGUACAAAGUAAAACAAAGUGGCUUUGAAAUAUGACAAAAAAACAACUUCUAUCUCUUUGGACGUUUGGGACUUUAUAAACAUUUCUGUUUUCAUUACUUAACAUACUCUUUGGCCUUAACAUGAUACAUUUUGUUGUUCGUUGCUGAAGUCUGUUCUAAUCAACAAAAAGCGUGUUUGGGUUUUAUUAACUUUGGGUAUCUGCAAGCAUCUAUCGUGCUGUUUUGUUAAAUAAGUGCUGUUGCCAUCUCAUCAGUUCAUUCAAGAAAUUUUAUUUUUAUUUCGCUCAAACCGUUAAUGUACAUCUCUGACAAAGCAGUUAAAUGUGACAAUAAAUCUUAUUUAAUCCUU